AUGACAUCUGAAAAUAAUGAUGAAACUCAGAUUCGACAAUUAAUUACUAAUUGGACAAAUGCUCUUUGUUCGAAAGAUAUUGAUCGAAUAAUGGCUUACUAUGCUGAUAAUGUUAUUGUCUUCGAUAUAAAACCUCCAUUUCAAAGAAAAGGAGCAAAAGAAUGGAGACGAACAUGGGAAGAAUGUUUGCCGUAUUUUCCAGAAUCUUUUCAAAUUGAAACUCAAGAUAUGGUUAUUCAUGUUAAUGGUGAUGUAGCAUUUGCUCAUUGGCUUUGGCGUUUUACUAACAUACCAGAAAAUCAUCGAGCAAUAAAAACUUGGAUGCGUGCAACUGUUGGCUAUCAAAGACAAAAUGGACGAUGGCUUAUUGUACAUGAACAUACAUCUCUUCCAUUCAAUCCCGAAACAUCUGAAGUUGUUUACACUGAUUGA